AUGGCACGAACCUUCGAAUCCAAUUUUUCCAUUCGCAAUAUACUUGGAGGCAGUGCUAAUAAUGAACAAAAUGCAAAUAACAUGAAUAACGCACCGCCGACGCCACCACACUCCGAUGGAUCAGCCUCCCCAGAUGGAUCAAUUGACCAACGACCUGGUUUCACAUACAGUGCUCUGGUGGCCAUGGCGAUACGAAGUAGUCGGGACAAGAGAUUACCGUUGAGCGCUAUUCAAGAGUGGAUAUCGGAGAACUAUCCUUAUUAUCGAAGAGACCAACCCGGCUGGCAGAGUCAAGUGCGACAUACUUUGAGUACAAAUUCUUAUUUUGUAAAGAUACCGCGUCCCAUGGAUGACCCGGGUCGUGGCAAUUAUUGGAUAAUAAACCCAGCCAUGGACAUAGUCGAUGUCAGUUCAUCAGCUGGUCGAUUCGAAUUCGACACCAGCAACGUUGUAAGCACGCAAUUAAACAAUAAUGUGUAUGGGCCGCUUAACCAACUCAUCACACAUGGCGUACCCAUGAACCAUCCACAAGCGCCAAAUGCCGUUUACUUUCCUACCCCGGAAGAACUUGGAAGGGCGCAAUGCGCUAUGAUGAUGCAGGCCCUGCAGGAACAACAAGCCUGGUUCCAAUAUCACCAGCAACAGUAUCAAUUUAUACAACAACAGUUAGUGCAAAUGCAGCACCAACAACAGAUGCAACAGCAAUACGUACAGCUGCAACAACAACUUUUAUUCCAUCAGCGACAAUGUGAAUUCUUGACGGCCAAGCAGUUUCCGUUAUAA